UCCACUAUGUUCCUUCCCACUAUUCUGUGAAUCUCCAUUUCUCCACCCGUCACGGUUCGUUUGUUUUCCUCGCGACGCGGAGGAGAGCGUAUUCCUACGCGCAAAUAGGUGGAGAAAAUAAAAAGUGAACGAUAUUGACUAUAAGCGACAGCCAACACAGUGUGAAAGUGGCACCAGUUGGCAUUCCCAAAGACCGUCGUUUGAUCUGCUUUUCAUAGCUGUCCCCAUAGAGGGCUGUUACUGAGGGAGGUGUCCUCCUAGUUGGUGACGGUUACAGUAGGCGACACGGAGCCUGUACGUUGUCCUGGCCAGGUUUUUUUCCCAAGACUCAAUAAGGUUGGAUUUCAAGUCUUUGACUAGUGGUGUGGAGGCCAAGAUGUCAUCGAAGAUGCCAAGCUCUAACAACAUAGCCCAAGCCAGGAGGACAGUACAACAGCUGAGGAUAGAGGCCAGUAUUGAGAGGAUAAAGGUAUCCAAAGCCUCUGCGGACAUCAUGCACUACUGUGGCGAACACGCCAAGUACGACCCUCUGCUCAUGGGCAUACCUGCCUCAGAGAACCCCUUCAAGGACAAAAAGCCCUGCACCAUAUUGUAGUGAAGACUUUUUAUUUAUCUGUUUGCUUCUUAAUGUUGCCUGUAUUUUAUUUUCCGGGGAGAAUUGGGAUCUAAAACCACUGCUCAUCCAUCAAUCUUGCCUUAAAGCCUGUAACAUUUCCCUUUAAUGAAAAAUGCUGUAUUUUAUCACUCAAUCUGAACUUGCCAUAGUUACAUACAUAACAUACAGUAAACAGUUAGAAUAUACACUACCAUUCAAAAGUUUGGGGUCACUUAGAAAUGGUACAUUAAAAUAACAUCAAAUUGAACUGAAAUACAGUGGAGACAUUGUUAAUGUUGUAAAUGACCAUUGUAACUGGAAAUGGACGAUUUUUAAUGGAAUAUCUAUAUUAGCGUACAGAGGCCCAUUAUCAGCAACCAUCAGUCCUGUGUUGCAAUGGCACGUUGUGUUAGUUAAUCCAAGUUGAUCAUUUUAAAUGUCUAAUUGAUCAUUAGAAAACCCUUUUGCAAUUAUGUUAGCACAGCAGAAAACUGUUGUUUUGAUUAAAGAAGCAAAUAAACUGGCAUUCUUUAGACUAGUUCAGUAUCUGGAGCAUCAGCAUUUGUGGGUUCGAUUCCAGAAACAAAGAACUUUCUUCUGAAACUCGUCAGUCUAUUCUUGUUCUGAUAAAGUAAGGCAAUUCCAUAUUAGAAAUUGCCAGGAAACUGAAGAUCUCGAACAACGCUGUGUACUACUCCCUUCACAGAACAGAACAAACUAGCUCUAGAAAGAGGAGUUGGAGGCCCCGGUGCACAACAUGGUGUUUAUACUUGCUUACUAUUGUUUGUACAGAUGAACGUGGUAUCUUCAGGCGAUUUGGAAAUUGCUCCCAAGAAUGAACCAGACUUGUGGAGGUCUACAAUUUUUCUUCUGAGGUUUUGGCUGAUUUCUUUAGAUUUCCCCAUGAUGUCAAGCAAAGAGGCACUGGGUUUGAAGGUAGGCCUUGAAAUACAUCCACAGGUACAUCUCCAAUUGACUCAUAUUUUGUCAAUUAGCCUAUCAGAAGCUUCUAAAGCCAUGACAUAAUUUUCUGGAAUUUUCCAAGCUGUUUAAAGGCACAGUCAACUUAGUGUAUGUAAACUUCUGGACCCACUAGAAUUGUGAUACAGUGAAUUAUUAGUGAAAUAAUCUGUCUGUAAACAAUUGUUGGAAAAACGACUUGUGUCAUGCACAAAGUAGAUGUCCUAACCGACUUGCCAAACUAUAGUUUGUUAACAAGAAAUUUGUGGAGUGGUUGAAAAACAAGUUGUAAUGACUCCAACCUAGGUGUAUGUAAACUUCCGACUUCAACUGUAAAUAUUCCUUUAAAAAUCAGCCGUUUCCAGCCACAAUAGUCAUUUACAACAUUAACCAUGUCUACACUGUAUUUCUGAUCAAUUUGAUGUUAUUGGAAUGGACAGAAAAAUGCCCUUUCUUUCAAAAACAAUGCAAUUUCUAAGUAACCCCAAACUUUUGAACGGCAGUGUACAUUGGGACAUUGACUGUUAGAGUCUGUCUGAUUUAGCUCAGUGGAUUUAGCCAUGGUGUCCAUCCAUCACUUUAACAAGUCUGUUAUUUGUCUUCAAUCGUAUCUGCUGUCAUGUCUGUUACAAUGACCGUAUAUAAUGUAUUUUAGGCUUUGGAGUCAGGGUUGGGAAAUUUGACUGUAUUAUCUUCUCCCCAUUGACUCAUGCUGUUUAUUAAUAACUUCCUGGUUUAGCAGGGAGUCACCUGGGUUGUCAGUGACCAAUGGAGGAAGUAGACAUCAUCAGAGCCGUCUAUUAAUGUAAAGAGCAGAAGUGUUUGGUUAGUGCAGAGCAUAUGUCAACUCAAUGCCAAUUGUCGGAUAGGAAACUGCAAUGUAUUGCUGAGGCAGGUCAUUCACCUAGACAACCUUAGUAUACAGCACUCCUCCCAGCCAUUAAACCAGGUGUUACAUAACCUAACACUGUGAGCCAAGUCGCCUUACAUAUUAUUUAUGAUAGAGAUCAUAUAAUUAAUGUAUAGUUUGGUAUUUUAAAGAGGUACAAGUAUUCCGUUGGGAGAGACCAUAGAAGAUGCAUCAGCUGGGCGUGUGGGUUGUAAUUAACAAUGUAAUAAAUGAUUUUCACUCCAACCAUGUGCACUAUAUCAUGUAUUCAAGGCUGACCCCAAAGUCCAGAGAUAAGUGUCCUGUUGAACAGUAAGGAAUAGAAUGUGCUGUAUGUCUAUCAGCUGUUGGGAACAUGUCCCCCGUGACAAAUCUACAUGAAACUAACCAGCUGUAUCUGUGUAGUUAGCACCUACGGGCUGGAAAGUACAAUUAUCUUUUGGGAACAAUGAAUCUUUCUGUGCUGAAUUGCAGUGAUUUCUAACUGAAUCGUGCCAUCGUUAUGUCUACGCCUUGUCACUAGUAAAAGAGAAACAAAAACAUGUCUGAUUGUACUUACCUGGUGCUACUGUUUGUAUUGUUGGUGUUUGCCUCCCUCCUCUAAAAGGUACUUCAUUAGUCAUAAAGGUCUUGAAAUCAGAGACAAGGAAACCCAGUAAUCCAUUACGAAUUCUUCAGCAAUGACAAUUGUAUCUCGACUAUGUUUCUCUCUAACAAUGGGUUUUAAUUGCCACAAACUUAGUACGCUAAAUCAGGCUACCGUUAAUUUAUGUGCCAUCACCAGAUAAUUCUGAUUCAACCAGCAUACCAGAAAUGGCCUUAAUGUACCUUUUGGGAGACUCUUACGUGACCCUUGUGAAUCUGGUGGAUUAAAGACAUCUGUAUGUAGCUUUAUUCUCUCUCUGCCGUAGUACAGUUGCUCCUACUGUUAUUAAACAUGGUUCUAUCAUUGCA